UUUUGUGAAACAUGUCGCCCCCAUGCAAAAGAGCCAGACGCAGUUUAGAAACUACCAUCAAUAGCCUGCCCGACGAGGUGAUGUGCAUGAUCUUCGACCGGCUGCCUAUUCGCGAUGUAAUUCGCUCUAGCGUAACAUGCCGUCGAUGGAACGGUAUAAUAUUUAGGAGCAACUAUGAUUUCAGAAUUGCCCUGAAAGUUAUGGCAUCGAACUGGCGUGUUGUGACUAAGUCGCAACGUUGUUACAGACACGUCGUAUGGAAAGUACGCGAUCAAGCAAUUCCGUCGACAUGGAAAACUAUUUAUCGCAAAUUUAUGAACAAUCUCACCUCACUGGAGAUCGUUUUUACGGAUAAGGUCAAGAAGAAGUCUAUAGCCUCCCUGGUUACUUUGAUAGCGGAGGCAAUACCACAGAUGACUAAGCUUCGGUCGCUUCAGUUAAUCGAUAUCUGUGAACAAGAUCAUCAAGGCAUCACAGCAACUCUUCGCAGUAAUUCGAUUAGAAGUCUUACAUUCAUGUGCAAAUUUAAAGUUUGGGUGGAUAUGCCACAGUUGGAAUCCUUCGAAGGUUAUUUGUACGCAUUGAAUACACCAGAUGAAUGCACCCACUCACAUGCGCUCGAUAAGCUGAAGGAACUAAUCGUAGAACGGGAUGCGGAAGAGCCAUUGCCGUUAUCGACAGCAGCUAUCAUACACAUCAUUCGGCGACUAAAAAACAUUGAGAAAAUGAUAUGGUAUAAUGCCAUUGAAGAAAGAAUUUUUAUCGCAAUCUGUGAGCUAUGUUCAAAGCUAAAGGAGUUUACCUUCAAAGCGCCAAUGAGUCAUUGCAAUGUGUUCAAUAUGUCUAAUCUGAAAAAACUAACCCAUCUUCGAAGCCUUGGAAUUUGCGGUUUGCUCUCAGAGCAAGAUUCGGCUUUAGAUUGCACAAGCUUAACCCAGAUAGAGCACCUACAUCUGGGAUUUAUAAUAGGGGGUGAUGUGAAAAUUCCCAAAUCAAUUAAAAAGCUGGAGGUGAAUAUUAAUCAUUAUACCGAAGAAAGGAUGAUUAAAACUAUAAUCAGCGGCGCAGCGCAUUUGAAAGUAUUAAAGGUGACGUUUGGUGGUUAUAGAGGAAACCAAGUGUAUUACAAUGAACCCGUUAAAUUGUUGAAGGCGUUGUCGCAUCUGAGACAGCUUGAAGUUUUUCAACUGGAAGGAGGGCUCUUCAAUGCAUCUAGUUUUCUGCGGAUGAAUGUACCGCUGAGACGUUUACACACACUACAGUUCCAUCGUGCCAAACUAGUAUCAACUAAAUCUGCUCGUGCAAUCCGGAAAAAUAAGGCAGUGUGCACCGAAUGUGGCGGAAUCGGGAAAAUGUUGCCUUCGAACUUUAACUUCGCCGGACUGAUGAGAAGGUUCCCCAGAUUGAAUGUUCCGGAAUUUGCAUGCUGUACAAUGUUACCCAGACAUAUGUUGUGACUCAGAACAUAAGCGUUACGAUAGUUUUCCGUCGGGCUCUGAUGGCUAUAAAUUGUUAGUGGCAUGUACCAUGAAUGUAACCGUCAUAUGAGAAGGUUUAGGAGCUACUGGCAGCAGUGUGGUAAACUAAUUUCUCUUUAAAAUGCAAAAGAAUAGAACCUGUUGAAGAGUUGUUUAUUUCACUUUCUUCCUCAAAGAAGAAAUGCGUAAAUGAAACGUAAUUACUUGGAAAUUAGAAAAAAGAUAAACAGUUGAACUGUACAACCCAUUGAACUCCCAACUGUUGCCCGAUUUAAGUAUCUUAAAAUUAGUGGCAGAUCGCAGAUUAAAGAUAUAGAUCGCGUAGAUCCCAGAAUACCGCUGGAAAGGGAAGUAGAAACAGGUGUAAUGAGAUGGAAAAUUUAGAAAAAGCUAAUUAAUAAACCAACAAGCGA